UGGAAAAUUAUUAUCCACAAUUGAUUUCAAGCAACCUUGGUGCGUAUCUGACGUUUAUCAGCGAUUGUCAACAACCGCGUAUCGACUGGAGAAGAUAUCCAUUUCAUUAAAAAUCGCUACAACUUUUAAUGUGAAACAAUCCACCAGUUUGGAUACAAUCCGUCAUCAUGUUGUCCCAAUAUGUAGAAGAGUUAGAGCAGGACCCGUUCGAGGUGGAGGAAUUUAUCGAAAGAUUGUGCUGGCGCACAAACAACGAAAUCGGCUCGGACCAGUUCGACCCCGAUCUGCUGUACGAAACGUUCGUCGAGACGAUUAAGGACAUGAAGAUCCUGCAGGAGCGACAGCAGCGAAAGUGCGACAAGCUCGAGGAAGCGCUGAAGGAAGAGCAGGCAAUAUUCGUGAAGGCGAUUGAUAAGUUCGUCGCCAAGCACCAGGUGUCGGUGGACUACUUCCAUCAGCUGGACGAGAAGAUUAACUCUGUCGCGGGCAAGGUGAUCCAUCUCGGAGAGCAGCUGCAAAACGUAAACAUGCCGCGGAGCCGGGCAGUCGAGGCGCAGCUGUUGCUCAACCACAUGGCCGAGUUUCUGACGCCGGGCCCGAUCGUGAACGAUAUUUACAGCGACAAGAGCAAGCUGUACGAGGCGGCCGACAUUAUUCAGAAGCUGUUUCAGAUCUCCCAAGACCUACCGGCCCAGCGGUUUGCGAACGCGAAGAAAAAGAUUGAAUCCAAGUACGAUGACGUCGAGAUGCAGCUGAUUGAGGAGUUUGCCACGGCGCAAAAGAUGGAAAACAUCGAACGGAUGAAGGAGCUGUCCGACAUACUGUCUCAGUUUAAGGGCUACACGCAGGUGAUCGACGUGUACAUCGAGCAGAGCCAGGCCACGACGUACGGGGGUCGCGACGUGUUUGAAGGGAUCGUGCCGCUAUGCCACAAGCACUACAAAAUCAUACAGCAGGUGUUCAAUGCGCCGGACAAGGUAAUCAGCAAGUUUAUACUCAACAUUUACCAGCUGAAAAUUAACCAGUUCGUGCAGACGAAGCUGGACGACCGUAAGGACGAGAACAAGUAUCUGAAAACGCUGUCCGAGCUGUACUCGCGCACGAUGAAGCUGAGCGCCGAACUGCAAGAGUUUUUCAAAGGCUCGGAGGAUGAUCUGCUGCAGAAGCUGACGGCCAACAUUUUCGACCGCCAUCUCGCUACGUACAUUGAGGUGGAAAGCCGCACGCUGGACGCAAAGUGUCAGGUGGAGUUGAAAAAGUUUUACGAAACCAAAAACCAUCAGAAGAAGCAGAUCGAACGUUUCCAGGAGCUGAGGCGCGACAUGCAAGCGCUGAUCGGCAGCAGGGCCAACAUCAAUAUCGCCCAGAUCGAGGACUAUGGCGGCGAAACGUUCCUGUCCGAGGAGCUGGCGAUCAAUCUGCUGCAGCAGUCGUCGCACGCCUUCGAGCGGUGCUGCCUGCUCUCGAAGGAGAACGAUUUGCCGCGCAACAUACUCAAGCUGACGGACACGCUGCUGCGCUAUCUGCUGCACGAGCACUGCGAUUAUGCGCUCGAUCUCGGGCUGCAGGCGAUUCCGAUCGCGGAGUGCAAGAGCGUGCCGCAGAUCUACUUCUUUGACGUUGCGCAAAAGUGUAACGCCAUCGUGCACCUGCUGGAAAAGACGUACAAUGCGAGCGUGAUCCCGAACGUGAUCGGCACACCGCAGUACACGGAUUGCAUACAGAAGAAACGCUCCUACCUGGAGACGGUGGAAAAUAAGAUAGAAACGGGACUGGAACGGACGCUGAAUGCCAUCUUCGGCUGGGUGAAGACGUACCUGAGCAGUGAGCAGAAAAAGUCCGACUUCAAACCGGACACGGACGUCGAUACGGUAGCGUCAAAUGCGUGCCUGGCGGUGGUGCAGUAUCUGAACCCGCUGAUCGGGCUCAUCCAGAAGACGAUCGAUGGAGAAAAUUUGGCCGCCGUGCUGACGGAGUUUGGCAUCCGCUAUCAUCGCGUUGUUUUCGAGCACCUGCAACAGUUCCAGUACAAUACGGCCGGUGCAAUGUGCGCGAUAUGCGACGUGAACGAGUAUCGGAAGAGUGCUCGCGUCCUGCAGAGCCCGCUGGUAACGCAGCUGUUCGACGUGCUGCACGCGCUCUGCAAUUUGCUGCUGGUAAAGCACGAAAACCUCCAGGAAGUGUGUGGUGGCGAAACGCUCAACUAUCUCGACAAGUCCGUGGUGAUGAACUUUAUCCAGCUGCGGAGUGAUUAUAAAACGAUAAAAAUAUCCAACUCCUUGAAGGGCAUAUCGGACCAGAGAAUGGUGUAGAGUGGACGAGAGCCGACGAGAGCAAAAGCUGUUACAGAGAGGAUUGUUUAGAUGCAGUGCACUAUUACUAACACGAACAGUUACAUUUAUAGCAAUAUGUAAUUUAACGGAGAAUAUAAUCAUUCCAAAAAAAAAGCUCAUCAAAUCGUGCAACUGUUUCGUCCGAAAGUAGAA